UACAUGUUACUAGAAGAAACAACAGUAGCUGCCGUUGGUAGGAGGGUUUCCCAUUUGCUCUGAAGGAGGCCAUGUUGAAGCACCUUCUUAAGACACCUUCCAGUCUGAGUGUCAAAAAAGAUCAUCUAAGAUGAUCAGAUUUUUUAAAAAUAAAGACGAAUUUGAGGUCAUUGCUUGGUUUUCAUGCCCUGGAGCCACAUGCAGAUCUGAUCACUGAAAGGUAAUGCAGGAAAAUAUUCCUCAGCUGAGUGAAGAUUGCAAGAAUCCUGAAAUUGUUUGACCUGUAAUGGGGGAAUGCUUCUGUGAAACUGCCAGAGGACUUCAGCAUACAGCAUCUGGUGUCUCUGCCCUCACCUACCUGUGGCAAAGUCCAAAAUGAACAACACUUGGACAUAUAACCUGAGCUUUGGUGCACCUACAGAUCCUGUUGAGCCAAGAGCUGGACUCUCACGAAAUGGGCACACAGUAGUGGCUGUUUUUCUUGGAUUUAUCUUGUUUUUUGGUUUCCUGAAUAACUUGAUUGUCCUCAUCCUCUUCUGCAAGUUUAAAACCCUCCGUAACCCUGUCAACAUGCUCCUCCUGAACAUCAGUAUCAGUGACAUGUUAGUCUGCAUCUCAGGCACUACCCUGAGUUUUGCAUCUAACAUCCAUGGCAAAUGGAUUGGAGGGGAGCAUGGUUGUAGGUGGUAUGGCUUUGUCAAUUCCUGCUUUGGCAUCGUGUCCCUGAUCUCCCUGGCUGUCCUGUCCUACGAACGCUACAGCACCCUCACCCUGUGCAACAAGCGCAGCGAUGACUAUCGGAAGGCAUUGCUGGCAGUUGGCGGUUCCUGGCUUUAUUCCUUGCUCUGGACUGUGCCACCUCUGCUUGGAUGGAGCAGUUAUGGGAUAGAAGGUGCAGGCACCAGCUGUUCUGUGCGCUGGUCCUCUGAGUCAGCUGAGUCCACGUCCUAUAUCAUUUGUCUCUUCAUAUUCUGCUUGGUCAUCCCUGUAAUGGUCAUGAUGUACUGCUAUGGUCGGCUCCUUUAUGCUGUCAAACAGGUUGGAAAAAUCCACAAGAGCACUGCUCGCAAGAGAGAAUACCACGUACUGUUCAUGGUGAUCACUACAGUUAUCUGUUAUCUUGCAUGUUGGAUUCCCUAUGGAGUUAUAGCACUACUUGCAACAUUUGGUAAGCCAGGUGUGGUGACUCCUGUUGCAAGCAUCAUACCUUCCAUCUUAGCAAAAAGCAGUACUGUUUGCAAUCCCAUUAUCUACAUACUUAUGAAUAAGCAGUUUUACAAAUGCUUUCGCCUGCUUUUCCACUGUGAACCUCCUUCCUCAACUGAUGGAGAGCCCACCUGCCACUCCAAGGUAACCGUUAUCCAGCUGAAUCAGAGAACAGACGGUGGCAAGUUGUGCAGUAAUGAACCGCGUCCAGAAACAGACAAUAAAGUCUCUUCUCUCCUGCACCCAGAGUCAGGCCUGGAGCCAGCUGCAAAACCUGUACCACCACUGUAAGAGGACAAUUGAUUCUGAUGGAAAAUACAAGCCUUAAACAGAAAAUGUUUGAUUUCGCUGUCACACUACCCAGCUAACCUUAAAAUUACUAGAGGAAAUUGUCAUUUGUGGGAUAAAAAAGCUGUCAAGAACAAAAACUGGGAUUCUGUUAUCAUUUCCUUAGUAACAGUAAAGAUGGUAUGGUUAACAGUGACAAAUUUCAAGCAGUAUCAUUGACUUUCCUUUAAAUUAGUUAAUGGAGCACUCAGAAUUGGUUAAGUUUUAGUUCUCGGUGACCUGUGGAUCUGUGUCCUCCAGAAUCAAUCUAAAAGAUAUAGACUAUCUAAUUUAGCUCCUUGCUUUUCCUAUGCAGUCCAUUUUUCUAUGCAGUCCAUUCUUUGUCGUUUCAGAUUAGGUAAAUCAGAUAACUUUAAUUUCUGGCAGUCAAUUCAAAUUUUUUGACUCAGAAGGCUAGUUUCUGAGUGGUAACAGCUAAUUUACAGCAUCUUUGCAUUUAAAUCUAAGGUAAACGAACUGGAAGAUGAGUUAGACAAUGCCCCAUCCCUGGAGGUGCUCAAGGCCAGGUUGGAUGGGGCCCUGGGCAGCCUGAGC